AUGAACAGUUUUUACCACAAUUUACCGAAAAUUGAGUUGCAUGCCCACCUUUCUGGGAGUAUUAGUUCGGCGUUUUUGAAGCGUGAAUCAAUUACCAACCGUGAUGUUCAGAACAUUAAUCCAAGUUUUGAUUUUGAAACAUGGAACGGGGAUAUGAAUAGGUGUUUUGAUGCUUUCCGAACAAUCCACAAAUUAAUUGAAACACCAGAGAUUUUGGAGAGAGCUACAACUUCCGUUAUUGAAGAAUUUCAUCAAGAAAACGUCAUUCUUUUGGAAUUGAGGACUACGUUACGACCAAUUCCAACUCAUCGUUCUUAUUUGAAUGCGGUAAUCAGAGGAAUACAGAAUGCACCGAGUACAGGUCUAAAAGUCUUGAUGAAGCGUUACUCACUUUAG